AUGGCAUCUUCUAUUGAAGCCGGAGGUGUGUGGACAACUCAGGAAGAUAUUGCAUUGUGUCAGUCUUGGGUGAACGUUAAUCAUUGCCCUGUCACGGGCAAUGAGAUGAAGUUCUCUCAUAUGUGGAGCAAAAUUCAUGGAGAAUUUUGUCAAAAAUUGGGUUCCAUCCAGACCGAAAUGGUGUUGUCUAGUAGAUGGAAAAUUAUGAAUAAAGAGUUAGGGAAAUGGAGAAAUGCGUUGACAAAAGCAAGGGAGAACAUUCGAAGCGGUCAAAAUCUAUCCGAUGAGGAAGUUGUGAAGGAUUGUUCGAGAUUCAAAAUUAUUCCCACAGGUCCAGCGGUUGUGUUGAAUGAGACGCCGCUCCACAAUUCGCCAUCAACCGAUUCGCCAUUGGACUCCUCAAUGGAAACGGAGUCACCACUCCCGCGUCCGUCGAGACCUAUUGGGAGAAAAGCUGCAAAAGCCAAGAAAGGGAGCACUUUGAACAAUGAAUGUGUACAAUUUUUGGAGCAAAUAGCUAAGAACACCGCACUAAGAAUUGAGAGAGACUUGAAAAGAGAAGAAGCGGACAUGGCACGAUAG